AUGUCACUCCACAACCUCUGUGUUCAAGCCGUCCUUCUCAUAAGCAUCCUGUCUCUCUGCUCACCCUCAGGUGGUUCAUCUGGAAGCAGACUUCACAGGAUCCUCAUAAAACGAGAUGCAAAGGAGCUGGAAGCCAGGCCUAAAGCACAGAUCUCAGUGUCGCAGUCCAAGGCUAAAGAGUUUCUCUCAGUUUUUCACAGGUCUAAGAGAAAUGUAUGGGAUCGGAGCCGUCCUGAUGUCCAACAGUGGAUCCAGCAGUUCAUGUACAUGGGCUACGAUGAGGCGAGACUUGAGACUGAUCUUUCCUAUUGGAUGGACCAGGCCAGAUCAAAUGACCAGGGCCGCCAGCAUCAUCAUGAUGAGAAUGCACCUAUGAGUCAACAGGACCCCAGUUUCUACAGACACGGGGCCAAUGUCAAUUAUGAUUACUAUUAAAACCCCUAGAACCUACAUUCGCUGUGAGAGCUGGAGACUGCUGGUGGAUUUGUAAAUCAUUUUUUUGCUACGGCAAUGUGUUAUCACAGAACCUAUAGUAUGUCCUAUGAUGUGUCGUGUUUUCCUG